AUGAAUCAUACCAUCGACGGGUGUUAUUCUAAACACGGUUUUCCACCAUGGUAUAAGAAGAUUGACCAUCAAAACAGUCAGGACAGGGAAGGCCACAGUGAAUGGGGCUAUGCUAAUGUUUGCAAAGAAGACUCAAAUCCUACCCAGACUCAAAGUACUCAUCAAGAAAACCAGAGAAAUUCUAUGCAGGUUUUUACCCCUGAACAAAUGCAGAAACUGCUGNAAAUCAUAGAGAAUCCGCAGACACAANACACUCACAGCAUCAGUCAAAUCCAAANAAACACUCCUGGAGAAGAUUCAGGUACUUUCUCCUGGAUUAUUGACACNGGGGCCACUGAUCAUGUGACCCAUGAAAAGAAAUACUUCAUUACUUUUCAGAAAAUUAAACCUAUAACAGUCAAACUUCCAAAUAAUUCUGUGGUUACAGCCCAGCUACCUACUUCUGUCCUUAAUGGUAAGACACCUUAUGACUUGAUGUAUAACACACCUCCCACUUAUUUGAACUUGAAAACCUUUGGCUGUCUUUGUUUUGCCUCAACUCUAGAACAUAACAGACACAAGCUUGAUUCUAGAGCUAGGAAAGGUGUUUUCUUGGGAUAUAAAAAUGGAGUAAAAGGAUAUAUUAUACUUGAUAUUAAUACUAGAGAGAUUUUCCUAAGCAGAAAUGUUGUUUUUCAUGAGAAUGUUUUUCCUUAUAAAAGUCAACAUGACAAUGAGCAAAAUUAUACUGAAAGGGAUAUUGAAAUUGUUUUUCCAAAUAAUUUCUGGUAUGAUCCUAACUAUAAUGAGACUCAAGAUUAUCUAGAGGAUGCUAAUACUGAACAAGAACCUGAUUACACAGAAAGUACUGGGACUGGUACUGGAAACAGUCAUACUAAUAUUGAUAAUAACCCUAGACGACCCACUAGGACAAAAAGAGUUCCUGAAUAUCUUAAUGAUUACAUUCAUCAAGUUAAUCAAUCUUCUCUGCAUGCUAAAAAUAACUACAAAACCCCAUAUCCUAUUUCUAAUGUUUUGUGUUAUGAUUCUUUGUCUGAAAGACAUUUAAAAUAUACUCUAGCCAUUUCUGCUGACAAGGAGCCUAGAUCCUAUAAGGAAGCCAAGGAAAAGUAUGAGUGGGUUAUAGAUAUGCAGAAAGAACUUCAAGCUUUACAAGACAAUGGAACUUGGACAUUAACUCAACUACCUCCAGGUAAAAACUCCAUUGGAUGCAGGUGGGUUUACAAAAUAAAAUAUAAAGCAGAUGGCAGCAUAAAAAGAUACAAAGCUCGGCUUGUGGCCAAAGGAUAUACACAGCAAGAAGGUAUAGAUUUUUUAGACACCUUUUCACCUGUUGCUAAGCUUACUACUGUCAGAAUAAUUCUGGCAACUGCUGCUGCCAAGAAUUGGCAUCUACAUCAACUUGAUAUAGAUAAUGCCUUUCUUCAUGGGGACUUAAAUGAAGAAGUGUACAUGGAACCACCACCAGGGCUGGAUAUUCAGGAAGGUCAGCAUAUGCUUAGAUAUAUUAAGUCCAGUCCUUCACAAGGCAUCUUUUUUGCUACUGAUUCUAAUAUCCAGAUCAAAGCUUUCAGUGACUCAGAUUGGGCUACUUGUCCUAAUACGAGAAGAUCUACCACUGAAUUUUGCAUUUUUCUUGGAUCUUCUCUUGUGUCAUGGAAAACUAAAAAGCAAAGUAAUGUUUCCAGGUCGUCCACCGAAGCAGAGUAUCGAGCACUAGCUGCUACUGUUUGUGAAAUCCAAUGGAUUUCCUUACAAGAUCUCAAUAUUGAGACCACUACCACUGCUGCUCUCUACUGCGACAAUAAGUCUGCCAUACAUAUUGCUCACAAUCAAAGCUACCAUGAAAGAACUAACCACAUUGAACUCGAUUGUCACGUCUUUCGUGAGAAGAUUCAAGCGAAUCUCCUUCACCUUUUGCCUAUUCGUUCUAACGAACAACUUGCAGAAAUUUUUACUAAAUUCCCUCACCGUGUUCGUUUUCAGUUUAUUGUUCCUAAGCUUGGAUUGGUAAAUAUACACAAUCCAGCUUAA